AUGUACUUAUUUCAUAAUGAACGAUCAUUGGGUCUGGCAUUUCAUGUACAAUCGCCAUAUCCAAAACCACUGUAUCCAGUCGUGAGUUUCAACGGCAAUGGUAAAGUGAUAAUUACUCGUUCUGAUCAAAAACAUGGAUCACUAGAACGUGCAUCGUCACAAUAUAAUAAUGUAGAAGGUAAAUGGAAGGUCCUUGAUUUUCCUCAACAUCCUGAAUGUAAUGGUUGUGAGUUCAAAAUACAACGCCAUGAACACGCUGAAAAUAUGUACGUUGUUUUUACGAAUGUUGUCAACAUGUUACAUUGCAGCUUGGAGCACAAUCCUACGACUGAUGAAUGGAAAUCUGCUGAUGUUAUGUCAACGCUUAUGGCUGGUCCAUCAGAACUAAUGAAAGAAGAACAGUUGAUUAGUAAUUUUCUAACAAACAUACAAAAUUUGCAUGUAGAAGAUACGCAAAACUUAAUAAUACGAUCGAAGAAUGGAAUUGAAAUUAAAUUGGAACGUUGCACAGAAUGGGCACCAUCUCCUGUGACAGAGAAUAUAUUCGCUUAG